AUGGCGAUCUGCUUGCGGCUGCGGCGCUGCGGGGCCCCGCGCCUCCCGCCCGCGCCGCCCGCCCGCCGCCCGCGCCCGCACGCGCCCGGCCCGGCCCCGCGGCGCGGCUACGCCUCCGGGGGGCCCCCGGGCCGGUCGGCCGCGCUGCUGCGCUCCGACGGCUUCGUGGGCGGCCGCUGGCUGCCGGCCGCCGCCACCUUCCCCGUGCACGACCCGGCCAGCGGCGCCGAGCUGGGCCUGGUGGCCGACUGCGGGGUGCCCGAGGCCCGCGCCGCCGUGCGCGCCGCCUACGAGGCUUUCGGCAGCUGGAGGGGCGUCUCGGCCAAGGAGAGGAGCUCUUUACUUCGGAAAUGGUACGACUUAAUGAUACAAAAUAAGGAUGAGCUGGCCAAGAUAAUCACGGCAGAAAGCGGGAAGCCCCUGAAGGAGGCUCAAGGUGAAAUCAUCUACUCGGCCCUCUUCCUGGAGUGGUUCUCCGAGGAGGCCCGCCGCGUGUAUGGGGACAUCAUCUACCCGCCCGCUAAGGACCGGCGUGCGCUAGUCUUCAAGCAGCCGCUGGGGGUGGCUGCCAUCAUCACCCCGUGGAAUUUCCCCAGCGCCAUGAUCACACGGAAGGUGGGGGCCGCGCUGGCCGCCGGCUGCACAGUGGUAGUGAAACCGGCCGAGGACACACCCUACUCCGCCCUGGCCCUGGCUGAGCUCGCGAACCAGGCCGGCAUUCCUGCGGGCGUCUACAACGUCGUUCCCUGCUCUCAAAAGAAGGCCAAGGAAGUGGGGGAAGCGCUUUGCACCGAUCCUCUCGUCUCCAAAAUCUCCUUUACGGGCUCCACGGCUACUGGAAAGGUCCUACUGCACCAUGCGGCCAACUCUGUGAAGAGGGUGUCCAUGGAGCUAGGCGGCCACGCGCCCUUCAUCGUCUUCGACAGUGCCAACGUGGAGCAGGCUGUGGCGGGGGCGAUGGCCUCUAAAUUCAGGAACUCCGGGCAGACGUGCGUUUGCUCCAACCGCUUCUUGGUGCAGCGAGGCAUCCACGACGCCUUCGUGAAGAAGCUGGCCGAGGCCAUGAAGCAGCACCUGCACGUGGGGAACGGGUUCGAGGAAAAGACCACGCAGGGGCCACUCAUCAACAAAAGGGCCGUGGAGAAGGUGGAGAGCCACGUGAAGGACGCCGUGUCCAAGGGGGCCACCGUGGUGACGGGCGGAAAGCGCCACCCGCUGGGGCAGAACUUCUUUGAGCCCACGCUGCUGAGUAGCGUCACGCAAGACAUGCUGUGCGCCCAGGAGGAGACCUUCGGGCCUCUGGCCCCCGUGAUCAAGUUCAACACCGAGGAGGAGGCCUUGGCCAUCGCCAACGCGGCUGACGUGGGGCUGGCAGGGUACUUCUACUCGCAAGACCCGGCGCAGAUCUGGAGGGUGUCGGAGCGGCUGGAGGUGGGCAUGGUGGGCGUGAACGAGGGCCUCAUCUCCACGGUGGAGUGCCCGUUCGGUGGCGUGAAGCAGUCGGGCCUCGGGCGCGAGGGCUCCAAGUACGGCAUCGACGAGUACCUGGAGAUCAAGUACGUGUGCUUCGGGGGCCUGUAGGCGCACCCCGCACCCCUGCGGAGACAGGAAAGCAAAAGGAAGAAGGAACACGACAGCCAACGGACCUUUGUCCCCGGGACACGCCACCACUGUCGGUGAUUCCCAGCCAACCUCAACGGGGGCGGCUGGGGGAUCCUGUGACCCCCCCCCUUCCCACCCUGUCCUCUCCCCUGACCAUCCAAGGGACC